AUGAUCUAUAUAGGUUACUCUGUACGAUCUUUGCGCGCACCUGCAGAUGGCCAUGCGCGUUCAUAUGUCACUGUGCCGAGCGCGCGCCACGUUUGGUUCCUCCUCCUGCGCGCGCCCCCGAGGAGACAAGAACACUCAGACCAGACUGACACCUGCGAUGAGAUACAUCCUAGACUGCGUCUUAUUCAAAUAACUUUAAACCUUUAAAGAGGAAAAAGAGAAAAAUAAAUAGAUGAUCUACAUUCACUGACAGACAAAAAAAAAAAAACCCUAAAAGAACAAGAGUUGUCGUGCUUUACUGACUAAAGAUGCUCACAGACAUGAUAGAAGGAGAAUUUGAUAUGAAAGAGGAAGAACCAUGGUAUGAUCAUCAGGAUCUGGAACAUGAUCUUCAUUUGGCCGCUGAACUGGGAAAAAAUUUACUGGAGCAGAACAGAGACUUAGAAAAGACUCUCCAACAGAUGUAUGAAACCAACCAGGAACAGCUACAGGAGAUAGAGUAUCUUUCUAAACAGGUGGAUUUGCUGCGGUCAGUAAAUGAUCAGCACGCUAAAGUCUACGAGCAGCUGGAUUCAACAUCACGAGACCUGGAGCUGAAAAACCAAAGACUGGUGCUGGAGAACAGAGCGGCCCAGAUGAAGAUCGAAGGGCUCACAGAGACAGUGGACGGGCUGCAGACGCAGGUGGAGGAGCUCCAGAGAGACGUGAAGAAGCUGAAACAGAGCCGGUCCAGAGCACACCUGGAGCAGCAUGAUGAUGUUCAGCAUCUCAAGUGUCAGUUACACAAGUCCUUUUCCCAUGAGCACUCCAUUCCCAGCAGCUGCUGUUCUCUGAAGCGGGAGGAACAGGAUGAGUGCUGGGAGCUCUUGCGCUCGACCCAGUCCCUGCAGGCCCAGCUGCGCACAGAGCGCGCUCAGAGAGAGGCUGCGGAGCGGGACGCUGAUGUUCUGGCGCAGGAGCUCAGCGAACUGGAGCCAAAGGCAGCGCUGCUGGGAGUCUAUAAGAGCCGGCUGGCCGAGACGGAGGCUGAAGUCGAGGAGCUCCGACUUCUUUUGUGCUCGAGCAGAAACAACCUGUCCCUCCCAUUGGAUGAGGAAGUGGGUGUGGCCAGCCACAGGGGGCGGAGCCUGCAGAGCUGCAGCAGUGAGAGGCAUCAUGGGAUCUCUCUGCUGAAUGAGAUGGAUGCACAGUACAUCACCCUGAAGGAGAAAUACGACGCGCUUCUGUGCCGCUGUGAGGAUGGGAUGUUGACGCAGAAUCAGGAAGCUGUCCAAACACACACACACUCUCGGGACGAGCAGCCCGCAUACAAGGCCCUGUUCCAUGAGCUUUUCACCUUAAUUCAAAAGAGCAAAGAGGACCUGAAGGGAAACAGGACCAAACCCAUUCAGGUUGAAUGAGGCACUGCUUUGCAUUUUCCAUUAGAAAUGUGUGCUAUAAAUUAGGUGUAGAAAUAAUUUUCACAAGAAAACGGCAAGUAAAACGUUGAAUUAAACAUGACAUUUUUAAGUGUUUUCUGGUAAAACUUAAAAAAAAAAAAAGUGUAGUGUAGUUAAACUUAGCUUAUUCUUACAGAACCAGUAAAGAGACUUUAAACAAAUUUAGAAAUUUAUAUAGUGACUGUAUGUAAAACAUUUCUAAAUGUUAUCGUAAAACAAAUUGUUGCUUCUGUAAACUGAAAAGUACAGAGCCCAGCACACGACAUACAAGAAAAAAAAGUAAAUCAUGCUUACGCGACUUACUAUUUCGUUCCCUCGAUUUGCUAA